UCUAUACUUCUCUUUACUAUUCCUCAUCGCUUAUCCUUCUGCCCGAUUUUUAGCCUAUGAGAUGGCAGAAGUAGCUGGCUUAGCCCUUAGCGUAGUUACUCUCGUGGGACUCUUUAACAACACUGUUGACUGCUUCAAAUACGUGCAGCUUGGCCGCGGCCUUGGAAAGAGCUUCCAAACAAGUCAACUUAAGCUCGACAAUGCAAGGCUGCGUCUAUCUUAAUGGGGCCACUCCCUGGGCCUCGGCAGCAGCAUGGAAGAUGAACAAUCGUGACGGACGUUACAGCCUGUCGCUAACUACUGGACACCGGUAACAACUACCAUAGGAAGAGAGGGAAGGUAAACUUCAAGAACAAGCUUUAAUCCACCGGGAAUGACGCUCGAAUCUAUUUGCAUAAACCCAUGUCAUCGCUUCCACUGAAAGAUCACUCUUCACUCAAUAGUUCCGUCUUGUCUCAGUGUAUUUGUGGCGCUUAUUCUCAUCGUACGUGCUUGAUCCCCCGGAUUUUCUUUCACGCACCAGAUUAUGUGUAUACAGUAGAUCUCGCUCGAAACAAUCACAAAAUGGUAUCGCUGCAGUUUGCAGUGCUUAAGUGAGACAUACAAAAAAGAUGG